CAACUGUCAUUUAGAGUGAGUGGACAUGAUGGGGAAGACGCAGCGAGAGCUGGAAAACACGAAUUAAAACGUCUCAAGAAGUACGAAAAACUACUUUUAAAGUUACUUGUGUAGUGGUUAAAGCUUGCGUCGGCAUGUGUUAGUAUCUUUCAGAGAAGCAGCAACUUCGGCAGUACGUCUUUCUCACUGCGAUAGGGAUUAUCAGACAGUUUUCGGAGGAUGUCAGCCCCCAGCAACUCACUCCAGCAGCCGAGGGUGAGACGCAGCAAUGCAGGCUCCCCCGGCUCGUUCAACAACAGCAGCUGCCGUCUGCACCCCAUCCGUGCCACUGUGCCCUACCAGCUCCUGCGUGGGGGUCAGAGCAGCCCGACGCGGGCUCAGACCCUCUACGGCGGAGCAACGAGCAGCCGAGGCUCAAGUCCCCCCUCCAGCCCGUCACUCACUUCAGGAAGUGCAAACGCUAAGCAAAGACUGUCCCCUGAAAAUAAGGACUCCUCCUGUACCCCAGACUCUCCAGUUUCCAGAGCAGAAAGGUCCAAGUUACAGGUUCGGAGUUCCAGUGCCAUCCGGCGGACAUCUUCCCUGGACGCCAUCACAGGGCCAUACCUUACCGGCCAGUGGCCUCGCGACUCCCAUGGACCCUACCCUUCCUGUAUGAAAGACAAAGCCACACAGACUCCAGGUCUCUGGAUUGAUGAGGGAGCAGAACAGGGAAGCCCUCACCAGCGGUCAGCCUCCUGGGGAAGUGCAGACCACCUCAAAGAGCAGAUUGCUAAACUGAGACUGCAGCUGCAGCGCAGCAAACAGGUCAGCCGGCAGAGCAAAGACAGGGAACAGAGCUCACUGCAGCUGCAGCAACAGGCGCAGCAUGGCACUGCAUGCCAACCGCAGUACAAGGGAACUUCAUCAGCCCUGUCAACACUUCCUGUGCCAAAAACCCUCAUAUGCAGGGUGCCGAGCAGUGUUGAGGGAAUCAGCCACGAGCUAGAAAAUGUGUUUAUCAGAGAGGACUGGGAGCAGGGGAUCCAGACCAUGGAUGUGGUGGAUGGCCGCCGUGCCCCCUUCCCUCCUCAUCACUACAGCAGCAGCGGGGACACACGUGACACAGACACACAGGCCCCCUCAAGUGGUGAAUCCAGCCCAUCGCCCCGCCCCUGCAGCUCUGACCACGUCCACUCUCCCGAUGGAAGCCCGUGCUCUGCAGAGGAUAUCGACAAAGACAGUGUGUGCAGUUCUCCUCUUCCCAAGUUUGCAACAUCUCCCAAACCUAACAACAGCUACAUGUUCAAACGGGAACCUCCAGAGGGCUGCGAGAGGGUCAAAGUGUUUGAAGAGUUGGUGUCUGGCCAAUCAAAAGGCUUCCCUCUCUUCUCGUGCCCCGACAAAAACAAGGUGAACUUCAUCCCCAGGGGCUCAGCCUUUUGCCCCGUAAAGCUCCUCUGCUCCUCCCUCUUUUCUCCCGUCUCCCCAUCGUCCUACUCCUCCUCCUCCUCCGCCAAUGACAGCCCAGCGCCUCAGGUGACCCCAACUCUUCCCGCUGCACCACUAGCUACCUUUCCGGCCUCCAGUGACUGGAGCACCGACACAAGCACAGGCACAAACACAGACAACAGCACAGACCGCCAGAGCCCCGACACAGAUGUGGGGAAAGAUGGCUCAGCACAAUUACUCCUCACCAGCUAGUCCUCAGGUAUUCUUAACCAAACCACCCACAGCUGAAACAUUACAGCUAGUCAGGUGGCUUGGUUUUAAAACAAAAAAUCAACAAAAAAACAAACAAAAAAAAUCCUUGCACUCCGUUAAUCCUAACGUUAGCCAGCAGGGAGUGCCCGAGGUCUAGAAAUGACAAACACAAAGUAGGAUAAUGGUACCUGCUGCACAAGCUUUAGGGUUUUAAUCAUUGUUGUCCAGACUUCAGAGUGUGCUGACCUUGGGCACAGCCUCCAGUCACCCAUCACUAACCUAGCCUUCUCCUCUUAACCGUGACAACACCCAUAACAAAAAUAGCUUUGCUUUUUAUUGCAAAACAAAAAAACAUGAAAAAAAACAAACAAACUAAAAAGUCAAAUUACUGCAAAAAUGACUGUGUUAUGUGGCGCCAGCAGUUUUAUCAAGAUAAAAUUUAAAACAGGAAGAAAAUGUCACAAGAGACAGCUAUAAGGUAUCAGAGAAAAACAUUCUACUCAUGUUAUCUAACCAGCUUAAAGCCGUUUGGUGAGCUAACAUCUAAAGUACAUAUGCAUAAGCUUUUUGACAGGAUGGAAAAUUCAUGUAUUAGCAUAUCAGGAUGUCUCACAAUACAUUGCCCCACAUUAACCACAAUGUUUGCACUUGUUAAGACAUGGCUCAGAAUGACACAGGCCGUGGCCUAUUUUUUUAUUUGUUUAUUUUAAAGUAUUUGUAGCAGUGUCUUUGUGAAACCAGCAGUUGCUUGAGUGCUCCACCCAAUAGGCUAACAGGCCAGGACCUGGACCUGCUUCUUUUAGUCUGAUCACUAUUGAAACUCGGUAGGCUCAACACAAAAAAAAAUGCAAAUAUCAGCUGUUUUUCAGUGACCAAAUAAUCAAUUGUGAAGCACACAACUCCCCCAUUUGCCUUGUUUUAUUGCCCCCACACUACACAGAACAAUAACUCAGGUCAUGUGGAAUGUACUUGCUUGGACUAUGUUGCCUUUCCCCAGUGUUUAUGACUUUAUUUACAUAAAGACAUUCCGGUCUUUUGCAGAAAUGUUUUAUUUUUCUUUCCCCGGAGAGGGAGUUUAUUAAGGACUGAAUCAGCUGAUUGGUGUCACGUCUGGUGACACAUGACUUUUGCGGUAACCUCUUCAGGUUAGACUUUCAGGUGCUACGACACAUUCCACAGAUCGCUGUUGCAUAGGUCAACCUUGAGUACUCGUGUUAAGCGGAACUAGCUACAUAAGCUACACCCUCCCAAAUCGAGAAGUUGAGAGAUAUGUUGUUCGUUUCACCCCUUUUGUUAAAAACGUACCAAAGCAAAUUGCAAAACAAUGACAGGCCUGUCAUGUAUUCGGGACACAGGAGGCACCAUUUUUGUGCCAGACACAGAAUGUUUGUGCAUUUCAGUUUGUUUAUAAACAGUUCGGCGACAUCUAAACACUGGUUCAGAGUGUUUCAAACACAGGCGAUAAUCGUUGGACCAAGCCUAAGCACUUACUGGGAAGUGAAUUGAUAAUCACUUUUUUUUUUUAAAUUUUAGACCAAUUUGUAAGUUAAAACAAUCAGAACUUGAGUGUGCAAUUGAUUUGUUUGUUUGAAGAAAAAUUACACUAACAAUAUUUGUGUAACACAGUUUGGCUCAAUAUACAGAUCCAACCAUAUGUGCGCUAACGUUACCCGCACAAGUUGUAUCACCAGAACAUAUUAGAAAAAUAAUAAAUAAAUAAAAUACAUGACUGAUUUGGACCGAGGGCCUGUUCCAGUUGACUCAAUAAGUCUGGCUUAUUUUGAUUAGAUUUGACUCCCUUUCAAUUGAUUUAAAGAAAGUCAGACUAGCUAAAAUAACCCUGGUUUAUUUGGUGAACUCGCUCUGUGGUACAGGCUCUAAACUUUAAAUGGGAGAAUUAAACUAACAAACGUUUCAUUCCAAAACUUUGGUUUGUUAAGCUACUUGCACACAGAAACACAAAUAUGAACAAUAUGCAACACAUUCCACACAAAUUAAGUCAAAAAUACUCCCGUCUGCUUGCAGCUCCAAGAGUUUCAAUCAUACUAACUCUGAUUUUAUUCACAAGCUCAUUGUGCAGUGCAGUUAAGAAAUGGUUGCCAUGUUCGGCAAUGAUGAUUCAGUUCUCCUGUGUAUUACGCAUUUUUAUGUAGAUCUUGUGUGUGUGUUUUUCAAUAAAGAAAACAAAAAAAAGUCUCAUA